GCGCGGGGGCGCACCCGCGCAUGCGCAGUUGGAGAAAUGGGCCUGUGGAGCCUGGAGUGCGGGCCCCGCAGGCUAUGAUGCCGUCCCGGAGCGUGGCCUCGUCGGGGGCCUCCAACAGCAAGGUGAAGUACUCGAGGCUGGCCAGCACCGACGAUGGCUACAUCGACCUCCAGUUCAAGAAGAGCCCGCCGCGGGUGCCCUACAAGGCCAUCGCCCUGGCGGUGGUCCUGUUCGCCGUGGGCACGCUGCUCAUCGCCAUCGGCGCCCUCCUGCUCGCCGGAUACCUCAGCAAGGGCGGGGCCGACCGCGCGGUGCCCGUCCUGAUCAUCGGCAUCCUGGUGUUCCUGCCCGGCUUCUACCACCUGCGCAUCGCCUACUACGCCUCCCGGGGCUACCGGGGCUACUCCUACGACGACAUUCCCGAUUUUGACGACUAGGGCCCGGAGCGGGCGAC